CUAACCCAUAUUAUACUAUGUACUAAACCUCAAGAGUAAGGUUAAUAGGCCUUUGAAUAAUGUUUUAAGGCUUGUUAACUAUCUUUGAAGGCUUAUGAACUAUCUUUUAAAGGCCUAUAAACUAUCUUUAAAGGCCUCUGGACUAUCCUUCAAGGCAUGCUAACCUACUUUAAUGUCUCAACUAUUUUGUGGCGAGGGUGUGGGGAUGUUAAUUUCAGGGGACCGAGGCAGUGCACAGCUAGGGGUCCUGUUGACCGUUAAUUUAUUAGUGCUUGGAGUAAGACGGAGGAAUUCGUAACCCAUAUGAGGCUGAAUAUCGUAGGGAUGAGGACUCAGGCAUAUUGGUUGAACAUCGCGCUUGUUCGCGGUUGAUUCAACUUUCAGAACUAACUCUUCGUUGGAAAGGAAACCCUCAGCGACCACACUGUCGCGAUUCGUUUGCUUUGACCAGCAAAAAUGAGUUUGGCCACUAGCCAGUGCGUAUACAGCCAGAUCCAACGGUACUCCCUCCGCCGGCAAAAGCCACGCGGUCUAGAAGAGCAAGUGGCCAUCUUUGUCGCCACUCGCAUCUUUGAUGUCGGCCUCACAACAGCUGCAGCCGUUGCUGCGGCUGCGGCGGGCGCAAAUGCCAUGGGCGUCCCAUUGACGUCGGACAUGCUUCGACAUGCCGCCAUCGGGGGAGCCAUCAAAGCGGCCGCUAUGGCAGUCGCUGGACUGAUUAUGCUGGCGCCACAAAACACGCCCUUGAUUGUGCUAAUGACAUUGUUGGGAACUUCAAUCGGAUCCAACGCUCUCGCAGUGGUAGCAGUAGCCAAUCGCAUAUUUGGGACUGAUCAAGCUCCAAACCAGCUCAUCAUCGCAGCUGUUGUAGCAUCCAUACCUCUGUCAUUUUGUUUCGUCUACUACUACGGAGCGUUUCGAGUACCAAUCACAUUCACCUCGAUCGCUUUCGACGUCCUCGGCGCCUACACUUUCGUGAGAAUGGCCGAGAACCUAGGGCACCCCAUCUGCCCACCCCGUCCAGCAUUGGUGGCUGGCGCCGUGUUUGGGGCAGUCUUCUCCGGAGCAAUCACUCUACUUGGCUGCUGUGUCAUCGGAAAAAGCAGGACCAUACCCAUCUCAGACUUUUCAGGAAACGGACACGCGAGCGGAUCCGCCCUCACGACAUGCUGCGGGAACCGUGUGUAUGUGAACGUCCAAUCAACCGAGUACGCCAGGGGUCAGGGAGUUGUAGGGUCUAGGAAUACCUUCACCAACGGAACUAUCUACAACAGCGCCCAUGGGAUUGGUGUCUAUUGGGAUCCGGGAAGUGUCCAUGGUGGUCUUACAUUCAACACCCACUCUACUCGGGACUGCACGACAAGUACUGGGACAUCCAACAUGACCAGAAUUGUGAUGGCUUGAGCAAGGUAGAUCUGUCAUGGAUUUUUUGUUUCUUUUUCAUUACAAAUCACCAGUGCCUUUUUAGUCAAACCUCUUUUCCUGCGUCUCCCUUAGAUGGCGGAAUCUGUUAGGCCAGACACCCUGCUUCCCAGGCCCCAGAAUUCCAUUGGGAUCGA